AUGGUUGAAGAAGAUGAGGACGUCAUUGGCGAGAGGAGCAAUGUGGAUGUAGAAGAGGUCGGCGUGGUAGCGGAGAUCGACGUGGAAGUGGAGGUCCGAGAUUGGAGAUCAGAGGACAUGGACAAGAGAUGGAUGCAGUACGACCAGGGGAACCCUGAAUACCAACAAGGAAUUCUAGAUUUUUUGUUAUUUGUACUUGAACAUGUUGAUGGCAGAACUGUACACAGGUAUAAUGAACUUACCUUGGAAGAAAUCCGAGCGGGACACUUUCAGCAUGCUGGCUCAUCCAGCAAUAGUUUUGACCCUUAUGUGGAUCCUUCUAUGAACAUUAUACAUGAUGUUUUUCCUUCAUUUGCUACAAGACAUGAGGAAGAGGUUGUUUACGAUACCAUUGAUGCAGACCAUGCUUUUUCAAAUGUUGACAAUGAUGAUUACGAUAAGUAUAACAGGCUGCUUGCUAAAGCACAAACCCCAUUGUACCCUGGAUGUAAUGUAACUGUCUUGGGUGCCAUCAUUGAACAGAUUAAAACCAAAGUUGACAGCAAUUGGUCGAAUGUGUCGUUUAACCGUAACUUGGUGAACAUUAAGAAAUUGCUUCCUCCAGGAAACAACUUUCCCCACAGCUUUGAUAAGGUACAAAGUAUGUUGAAAGAUCUUGGCCUCAGUUAUGAGAAUAUCGACGCAUGCAAGAAUAACUGCGUUUUGUUUUAUGGAGUCAUCAACAAAGACCUGGAUUACUGUCUAGUGUGCAAAGCGUCGAGGUGGAAGUCAUCAUCUUCUUCAUCUAAGAAGAAAAGGAUUCCAAAGAAGGUGCUUCGUUAUUUCCCAUUGAUUCCUAGGUUGAAGCGUAUGUACAUGUCUUCACACACUUCAGAACAGAUGAGAUGGCAUGGGGUAACGAGGAAAAAUGAUGACACUCUCAGACACCCUGCAGAUGGGGAGGCUUGGAAAUCAUUUGACAGAUCAUUUCCUGAUUUUGCAGCAGACAUUCGAAAUGUAAGACUUGGACUUGUAACAGACGGGUUUAAUCCUACCGGAAACAUGAAUUUGUCUUAUAGUAUUUGGCCUGUUAUUGUUGUGGUGUACAACCUACCUCCAUGGAUGUGUAUGAAGAAGGAAUUUAGUAUGCUGACUUUGUUAAUUCCAGGUCGUUAUUCUCCAGAAAAAUGUCUUGAUGUGUACAUGAGACCAUUGAUUGACGAGUUAAAAGAAUUAUGGGAAAAUGGUGUCCCUACUUUUGACUGGUAUAGUCAAACUUCAUUUAGGAUGAAAGCAGCAGUGAUUUGGACCAUUAGUGAUUUUCCUGGAUACGGGAUGUUGUCGUCUCAAACCACUAAAGGUUACAAGGCUUGCCCAAUCUGCUUAGGAGACCUAAAUGCUAGUUGGCACGCUGGAAAGGUGUGUUACUUGGGGAGUCGUACAAGGCUUCCGGAAGAUCAUCCAUGA